AGGCCGAAGGAGGGUUGGAAGGUGUACAGCUCGGCCCAGGAUGCAGAUGGCAGGUGUAUCUGUACGGUGGUGGCUCCUGAACAGAACCUCUGCUCCAGAGACGCCAAGGGAAGACAGAUCCUCCAGCUAAUGGAGAAGGUCCAGAACAUGUCCCAGUCCAUUGAGGUACUGAACCUGCGGACCCAGAGAGACUUCCAGUACAUCAUGAGGAUGGAGGGCCAGUUCAAAGGGCUAAGGUCAAAGUUCAGACAGGUAGAGGCCGACAGGAAGACACAGGUCAACAGAAACUUUCAGGAGUUGAAGGGUAAGAUGGAGGCCCUGCAGCCUCUGAUCCGGGUGUUGGAACAGUACAAGACAGACGCCCAGCUCAUCACCCAGUUUAAACAGGAGAUCAGGAACCUCUCCAUGGUGCUCACAGCCAUCCGGGAGGAGAUAGGAGCCUAUGACUCUGAGGAACUACAACAGAGGGUCCUGAAUCUGGAGAGCAGGCUACGCAACUGCAUGAGCAAACUCACCUGCGGUAAACUGAUGAAGAUCACUGGACCCGUGACAGUGAAGACCUCUGGGACACGGUUUGGAGCCUGGAUGACAGAUCCACAGGCUUCCCCUACAAACAAUAGGGUCUGGUACAUGGAUAGCUACAACAACAACAAGAUAGUCAAAGAGUACAAGUCCAUAGCAGACUUUGUGUCCGGGGCCGGGUCUCGAACCUACAACCUGCCGUUCAAGUGGGCCGGGACCAACCACGUGGUGUACAACGGCUCUCUUUACUACAACAAGGUCCAGAGCAACAUCAUGGUGCGCUACCACUUCGAGACGGGCCGCGUGGUGACCCAGAGAGGCCUGGAGAACGCCGGCUUCCACAACGUCUACCCUUACACCUGGGGAGGCUUCUCCGACAUAGACCUCAUGGCCGACGAGCUGGGCCUGUGGGCCGUCUACGCCACCAAUCAGAACGCCGGAAACAUCGUCAUCAGCCAGCUCCACCCGGAGACGCUACAAAUCCUCGGAACCUGGAACACGGAAUAUUCCAAACGGAACGCGGGGGAGUCCUUUAUGAUCUGCGGAACACUCUACAUCACUAACUCUCACCUGACUGGUGCUAAGGUCUACUAUUCAUACUCCACCAAGACCUCCAGCUAUGAGUACACAGACAUCCCCUUCCACAACCAGUACUUCCACAUGUCCAUGCUGGACUACAACGCCAGGGACCGGGCUCUGUACGGCUGGAACAACGGACACCAGGUUCUGUUCAACGUCACGUUGUUCCACAUCAUCAAGACAGAGGAUGAUUCCUGAGAAGGAAAAACUCAGAGGAACUCAGAGGAACCCACUGGAACACUGACUAACAUUCCUCGUGUUCCGGUGUUCCGUCAGUCAUUGUGGGAGUUCUAUUGUUGGGUCUCUGCAUUUUAUUUGUGCUCUCUUCUUUUGCCAAUCCAUCUUCCGCUCUAUUGCUUUCUUUUCGAAUUCCUAAUGCAAGGCUUAACAUUGAUAGUUGCCUGGAUGCCCAGGGUUACCGAAGACUUUGGUCUCCAAACUCUGAAAAACUGGAAAAAGUCUCAGCACACUUCCUGUCGAUUGCAAAUUUAUUUUAAUAGUAAUUUGGCCUCCAAACAUCAAUUGACUCCCAAUGUCAUGACAAACUCAUAACCUUCUCUGGUAGUUCUACAUAGCAACCCCAUUUCAAAACAAGCAUCUGGCCCUCUAAUGGUGAAAUUGUGCCCUGAGAGCCUUCUGUCUUCGGUUCUCUUAUUUACUGUGUGUAACUCUCUUUGUUCACAACCCUUCAUUUGGACUGUGUUCCUCUCCUCUCAGCUGCUCUACACUGGACCCUGUAAGUCUGAGAACAUGAGAGAUUUAGUGUAGGGUUAGUCAAUUUGAAUUCAAGCCAGUCAAUUCAGGAAGUAAACUGAAAUUCCUAUUCAAUAAUUGAAAAAAAGGCCAUCUACUCUCAAUGAUUUCUCAAUAAACUGAAAAGGUUUAAAUGUUUUUUGAAUUUUACAUUUAAAACACUUCCUGAAUUGACUGACUUCAAUUCCAAUUGACCCCAACCCUGAUUGGAUGGGUUUGGGUAGCAUGCCUCUGAUUGGGUGGGCUUGGGUAACAUGCCUCUCUGUACAGUAGCUUUUAAAUCCAUAGCAACAGUUUCAAUAGGAGUAUGCCUUAUUCAGUCUGUUCUGUAAGCCCUUAGGAUAGCAGGUGUCCUGAAUGUCUAGCUGUCCCCAUAGCAUCUAUAACUGGUGUCCUGAAUGUCUAGCUGUCCCCAUAGCAUCUAUAACAGGUGUCCUGAAUGUCUAGCUGUCCCCAUAGCAUCUAUACCUCUAUAUGGCUUGCAUCCCAAAAUGUCACCCUAGAGCUCUGGUCAAAAGUAAUGCAUCGUAUAGGGAAUAGGGUGCUAUUAGAGACGCAGCCUAUGGUUAUCCUGAUAGCAUCUAUAACUCUGUCUGUGGCCUCUCUGUCAACAACCAUUUCACUCUCUCCCAUUGUGACACACAUCAUUAUUACUGUUGUAGUAUACUGCAUAGCAGGGUGUCAAACUCAUUCCAUGGAGGGCCUAGUGUCUGUGUCCUUUCAAUUAAGACCAGGUGAGGGGAGUUAGUGACCUUAUUUCAUCAAUCAAAGAGAAGGGAGGAGUGAAAACCCGCAGACAUAGUACCUGGAUGAACAGGAAAACAUUCAUUUACAUAAAUCAUUAGUAUUACAUUAUGAAUAUAAAGUUAUUGUUUUUGAUUAAGUUAUGUAGCUAGAGUAUUGAUUUGCUGACAAUAUUGGUUUGUGUUUUUGUUUUUUAAACGCUACGGCACUAUAUACACCAUUGUAUCUUUAUUUUGUAACUUGAUGGUGUCACGUCUC